AUGUGGUGGAUGAUGGGGGAAUCUGGAGGGAAUUACUGUUCGAAAAAGAGUGAUGAUUUGUGUAGCAAUGUUUGUGGCCAGGAAUCAAGUCAAGCUUCAAGUAUGUCAAGAAUCCGUUGCAUUUUGCGCGGUUUGGAUGUGAAAACAUAUAUAUUCCUGUUUGCUUUUGUUCCAAUGUGCAUCUUUGGAUUAUAUAUACAUGGACAGAAGAUCUCUUACUUUCUGCGGCCACUAUGGGAAAAACCACCCAAGUCUUUCAAUGUCAUCCCUCAUUACUAUAAUGACAAUGUUACCAUGGAGAAUCUCUGUAGGCUUCAUGGCUGGGGAGUUCGUGAGUACCCAAGGCGCGUCUAUGAUGCGGUGCUGUUUAGUAAUGAGAUAGAAAUACUUACCCUGCGUUGGAAAGAACUGUAUCCAUACAUAGCUGAAUUUGUUCUCCUUGAGUCAAACUCUACAUUUACUGGAUUGCCUAAGCCUCUGGUGUUCAACAGCAAUAGGGAGCAGUUCAAAUUUGUUGAGCCCCGCUUAACUUAUGGGACUAUUGGUGGGAGAUUUAAGAAAGGAGAAAACCCAUUUGUUGAGGAGGCAUAUCAACGCGUGGCAUUGGAUCAGCUCCUUAAGAUUGCUGGUAUUACAGAUGAUGACUUAUUGAUUAUGUCUGAUGUGGACGAGAUACCAAGUGCUCACACUAUUAAUCUCUUGAGAUGGUGCGAUGAAGUACCUUCAGUCUUGCAUCUACAGCUGAAAAAUUAUCUUUAUUCUUUUGAGUUUCUUCUGGAUGAUAAGAGCUGGAGGGCUUCGAUUCACAGGUAUCAAUCUGGAAAGACAAGAUAUGCUCAUUACCGCCAGUCCGACAACAUGCUGGCAGAUGCUGGGUGGCAUUGCAGCUUUUGCUUCCGCCGAAUCAGUGAUUUCGUUUUUAAGAUGAAAGCUUACAGCCACUAUGAUAGAGUUAGAUUCUCUCACUACUUAAAUCCCGGCAGAAUUCAGAAAGUAAUAUGCGAAGGGGCUGAUCUAUUUGACAUGUUACCCGAGGAGUAUACCUUCAAGGAAAUUAUUGGUAAAAUGGGUCCAAUACCGCAUUCAUAUUCUGCUGUUCACCUUCCUGCUUUCCUUCUGGAAAACGCAGAGAAGUACAAAUUUCUCUUGCCUGGGAAUUGCAUGAGGGAGAGAUGA